AUGCAAUACUCGGCGGACCUGUGCGGAAGUACCCUGCAGUUUUUCAAAAUUUAUCGUCGCCUAAGUCCAUCAAAAGCUCAUUUUAUUGUGCCUAUAUCACAAACUUAUGUUGACGUUCAAUGUAAGUAUUCUUUAAAGAAAGAUCAAUUUUCAUUUGUAACACAUCGUGGUAAUAUGGCACGUUCAUGUAAAUUAUUGAGUAACAUCGAAUUUUUACGAAAAGGCAGUAUAAUUAUACAUGAAAAUGAAAACAUUUUGGGUGAAUUAAUGCUUCCAUAUGAUAUAUAUCCAAAUAGUUCAUAUGAUUUUGUUCUUGGUGCAGAUCCCGAUGUGACAUAUGAAGAAGAAGUUAUUAUGAAACAAGAUUGUAGAGUUAAUAAAUCAAGCACAGAUUCAUACACAUCAUAUCCAAACAGAAGAACAAUAUAUCAAAUUAAUGGUAAAAUACGAAAUUUUAAAACUAAUGAAAUUAAUGUACAAUAUAUAACCGGUGGUGACAUUGGAAAUAAUUACGGUGUGAAAAUUCUUAAACCAGAAACCGGUGCGUUUAAUUCAUCCAGAAUGCAUUUGAAAUAUGUUAUACCUGGUGAUGUUAAUGAGAGGCAUACAUAUUGGGGUGAUAAAUUAAGCAACAUUAUUGGCAAAUGUUUGUAUGAGAAAAUAAUUGAACAUGAUCUUUAUUUAGCAGAUAUAUUUGGAGUAUCAACGUAUCAUGAUGAAAAUGGAUGUUCAAGUGUUAUUGAUUUAACACUACAUACGGAUGAUAUAAAUAAAUAUUCGCCAACAUGGUCAAUUAUACCACAAAUAGACAAAAUAGAUCACGAAUUAAUUGAAGUCAAUUUGCAUGAUUUAUAA